UUAUCCGGGCGGAGCAUACGCGACCCAUGUGAAAUCGUUCAUAUAAACUUAUGGUACUUGUUCGAAGUCGCGGACAGGCCGUCGCGGUCGCGGACGCUCCGCUCCAUCUGAAAACGCUGUUAGACGUAUUUUUAUAAAUAAAUGUAGAUUUUCAAGAUUACGUUUUUAUGACCUAAAACCAAGAAACAAUAAAAGUUGAAACUUAAAAUUUUAUAGAUAUAUUCUAAUUAUUUUAAUUCGUUUUUAUAUUAAAGAGUUUAAUCACAUUUCAAGAUGCAGAUAAUUUUUAUUUCAUACCUACCUUCUAUAGGUACGAAAAAAAGGACACUAUAAAUAAUCUCAAUUUUUUAAGGAGAUAUGAAAUUCCUUGGUGUUUUUAUGUAGAUUUGGAGAUUUGUAUUUAUAAGAAUAAAAUUGCACAUUAUAUAGUUCUUUGUUACAAAUGGGUUAAUGCACAUUAACGACAAUGACUUUAGCAAUGAAUUCAAUAUAUUUAUGUAAGCAUAAACAUGUAAUGGAUAAUAUGCGGUGUUUCAGUUGCAAUGUUUUGCAUGUUAGCUACCAUUGUUUUUUUCUGUUCGAGAUGUGCAAGAAUGAAAGCAAGAUGCUCUAACCAGUUUUAUAUAAUCGAAGGUUUGGAUCUCUCCAACAAUAAAACCUCUUUGCUAGACAUAGCAAAUAACUUUAAUAUAUACCGGAAAUAUAAUAACAUGGAAGAUUCGGAUGCACUGAAACAGGAAACACUUCAAACAGAUAGGGAUUUAGUAGAUUCAACAGAUUUAUCGCAUAAAUUUACUAAUUCUUUGUUGAGAAUCAACUCCCAAGCUGACGACAUGCUGUCAUGUAUAAGUACAGACUCUUUGGGAACGUUUUUUUCGACUUGCACUGCCAAUUCCAGAAGAUCCUUUGUUACUUGCUCUGAAGGAUCAGAAAACGAAGAAGAUUUAAUAAACCCAACUGUAAGAAAAGCCGUUGUAUCUUUCAAAUAAUUUAUUUUUAUUUUGUUUAAAUAAAAUUUGUUUAUUUUAAUUUGUAAUUUAUUUUAACUUUAUACAGGUUAUAUUUACAAUAACUGUCAAUAACAAAUAGGUGACAAAAAUGUUCAUACAUAUUCAGUAACUCUGUGCAGCGUGCACCCAUUGUUUCUUCUACAUUUUUCUUUAUAACAAUAAAUAAGGUCUGUACAAAUGUAUUAUAUAAAUUUAAUGAAUUUUAACAUAUUCCUUUUCAUUAGUUCGUGAAGAUUUGAUAGCAUUAUUAAUCGCAAACAAUUAUGCUAACUACUAUAAUACCUAUAUGCAUUACAAAAUACUAACGCUAAAUAAUUCGAUUCUAAAAAGAAUAUGGCUUAAAUAAUGUAAAAUAUUAAUAAUUUGUUUUCAACUUUUUUUACAACGCAAGACUGAUUUUUUUUAAUAAUAUUGUUACACACCUGCAAUCAGUGAGUAUUACAUUCUUUUGGACUUUGUAUGACAGACAUUUACAUAACAAUAAAUAAAAUAUACAAAAAUAAAUUCUUUUAAAUACAGGCGAUAAUAUAAAAACACCGGUUUAUAAAUAAUUGCACAGGGAAAUAUUAAUUAUGAACUAGAAUAUAAAAAAAGGGUACCGCCCUGAAUCGUCUCUUUUUACACAAAAACCAUAUUAAUGAAUACAAAAAAACAUCUUUAAGAUUUGUCGAAAAAUAACUAUAUGGCAUAAGCGAUUUUUUACUCUAAUCUUAUGUACACAUGUAUUUGAGGCAGUAAUUUUUUUUAUUAUCGAAUUCUAUUUAAAACAUGACACUAAUUCAGAAACAACAUUUAUAUUUAGGAGUAAGCUGUAUAAAACUUUGCAGUCUUUUUAAACUGGUUGAUAGACGAAAAAGUAUAAUAAGCUAAAACUAAUUAUACAGGGUGAUCAUAAAGAUUCCAUAUUAAAUUGAAAAUUACAUAAUAUAUUUUAUUUAUUUUUUAUUUUUUAAAUAAUACUAUAUCUACAAUUCUAUGCAUUAAAAAUUAAGGUAAACUUGUGUACAGGUUUUUAUAUUCAAAUUUUGUAGCUUUGGUAAAGGAGUUCUCGCCUGAACUGAACGUUCUACAAUUCAGUUCAUUGUGGUACUUUAUUCACUGUUUGAUCGAGCUCAAAACAACAAUGUAGAAAUUAGUUUUAGUAAAGUUAAAAAAAAAUUGUUUUAAAAAAAAGUAAUGUCGUUGGAUAUGUCUUUCAAUAUUUAUAUAGGAAAUUUCCUUGUAUU